AUGAAGUACAGAAAACUUCAAACUGAAUAUAAAUGUAUUCCUUCUUUCUUUGCUAAUGACGAGCAGGUAGGCAAAGAGAAAAUAGUUCAGGCUAGUCAGAAUUGCUUUCUUUAUGCUAAACUUGUGAUGGAACACAUCUUUGAUGGCCAUGAUGAAAUUGGUUUGCCUGCCUCGUUAUCUGAGAUUUACUGUUUGGACUUCAGGCGUCACUUUUCAGAUAUACAAUUCUUUGAGAAAAACGUUGCACCUGUGCUUCAGAUUGUGCUUGCCAUUCAAUCUGCUAAGGCUUUUAUAGAUACAGAGUUACGUAUAAAAUAUCGGUUAAAUUUCGCAACUUCCCAUCCUUCUAUUUUUGAUGAAGGUGAAAUCAUUGAGUUACAGAAGCUACAGCAGGCUUAUGAGGAGAGCGAUGAAAGUGUUACAGGGGUUGUGAAGUGUGGUUUGCUUCCCGAACUUAAGAUGCAUGAUCUCAAUAAAGUCCUCAAACUUCUAUCAGGCUACUUAAUAAAGGAUGAUUCUAGUAAAUAUUAUUUCAGCCAUAGUUCUGUAAGAGAUUGGUUGCAAGACGAAGAGUCAGAUUUCUUUUGCGAUGUACUCAACGGGCACUCCAUUAUGGCAAACUAUAACUUGAAAACUCUUAAAGUUAAGUAUCCUUCACCCGGCGAUUUUUUUGAAAAUGUAUGUUUUCGUCCGAAACUGCCAUAUCCUACUGCUCUUCUAGACCUCAAAUUCUUUUCUUUGCGUUAUCUCUUUCAUUCCAGUGAGAGCGGGAGUUCAAACGUGAAUGUUCUGAUAUCUGAAUUAGGUAUUAAAGCAAUCGACCUUCUUCAUGCCGCAUUUCACGAUAGUGAUGACGCUUGGAAUCCUUACAUUUGUUCCGAGUAUAUGGCAAUGAAAGUUCUCGAUGGAACAGAUGUUUUGAAUAAAAUGACCAUACAGGAAAAAGCCGAACAUCUUGAGUGGGCUCUUUUGUUGCAUUAUGCACGAAUUACUGCCAAGUUGUUUGAUAGCCGCCCAUACUGGAUUUUUAGUAGUGACGCCAUCAUUCGCUUGAUCUGUGACAUCAAACUACUACAGCUCGUCCCAAAGGAAUCAAUGCCCCAGUUAUUCUUUUCGUCCCUCGUGGAUAUUUUCUUUCGCGAUGAGAUAUUUGAAUUUUGUGUAAAAAAUGGAUUAACGGCGGAUGUAUGUGUUCCUCAAUUCUUUGAGAACACCGAGGGCUUUGACUCGUCCAUCUGCUGGAACGAAGAUGUCCAAGAGUAUUUUAGAAAAUUGAAGUCAGGCGAAGAGAAUGUUAUCACUUUGGAGUCCCUUAAAGAGAAGCCAAUUUAUCCAGAAGAAGCUAAAGUGUCGAAAUUUACAUUGGAGAUCAUUCAGAAACCUCUUUCAGGUAUUGAUUACAAAUAUUCUUGUAAAUCUGCAGGUGUGCAUGGUGAAAAAAAUUAUUCUUUAAUAUAAAAUUGAUUAAACAUAUUCUUAAAAAUAGCCUUAGAAAAAACCUAGUUUGUUGUAUAUGAAAGCAAUACAGCUGAUCGUAUAGCUGUGUUCUGUGACCAAAAAAGUUGCUUAGAAAACGAAGUUUAUCGCCUCCCUUCGGGCACUACUUUAAAAUUACAUAAAUUUAUAGAUUCUGAUAUGCCUGGCACGAAUUUAUUCAUGCAAACCUGCAGUCUCUUUGUAUUUUACGACCAAACAUCAUCAUUUUCUAUUAAAAUUAGCAAUAUUUUUUUUUUGAAACUUCAUGUUAUACACAGUUAUUGUACCAGUUCGAAGGCGGGGGAGAGGGGUGGGGGUAUCACGCGGUUCAUCUCAAUAUGAAAUUGCAAAGAUUCUUUAAUCAAGAAUUUUACAGAUUCUAAACUUGUGUUGCUCAAUUUUUUAUCAACAACGAACAAGGAGCGCACGAUAUUCGAUAGAUCUUCAGGACCCAGAUGUGUUUUAUUUAACACAAAUUGACCAUUGGCAGCAGUUCUUUCAAAAACUAGCUCAUGCACGAAAUCUGAACUUUUUCCUGUGGGGCAUUAAGUGCUAUGAGCAUUAAGUGCUAUCAUACGUCUAAAUUUGUUCGCGCUAAAUCUUUCUAUACACUUUUUUAGAUCUAACCGGGAGCAGCUGCGAAAAAUGGAAGUAAUAGGCCCUUUGCCUUCGAUUCCGGUAUAAUGCUCUAAUGAGCUGUGCUACAGAGACCAAUUGCUAAGCCUCAACCACAGAUUCAUGUAUAUAUAUAAUCGAACCUGCCAGAGGGCUUUGCAACUUUGUGUUGCAUUUUUUGCAACUGCUCCUGGUUGUUAGGUCUAAAAAAGUGUAUAGAAAUUUAGGUUCGAAAAUUCAAUCUAAAAAACCAUUCACUAUUAGUUGUAUCGAACGAGAUUCCCAAAAUGUCGAUAUAAGAAUCUUUAUCAAUCUACUCUUUGCAAUUUCAUAUAUAAUUCAACACUAAACCCAAAAGCUGAUGCAAUAUAUCUCUAUUUUUUGACGAAUGAUGUUAAAUUUGCUUUGUAAAUGGUUAGCUUAUUCUGAAAAAUGCUUUUCACACUGUUUUAAUUGUCUGCAUUGGUUAAUGAGAAUUAGAUGCCACCCAAAAAUGGCGGAUAUUCGUCAUCGUGAGAAAGGCUAAUUCUUGACGAUUUCCUGCAUAUAACCGCGUAAUAAGAGACUGGAACUAGUGCAAUAAUGUUAAUAGAGAAUGUUGAUCUUUCAUCGUAAAAUACAAAGAAAUGGCAGGUUUUUACGAGUGACAACAAGUUAAUUCAUACUCAGCAUAUAAAAAUCUAUAGAUUCGUGUGGAUUUAAAGUUGCGCCCGAAGGGGAGGGGGUGUGGGGCAGAACUGAAACAAAAUCACAGAAUACGGCCUAUUACGUACAUCUCUAUAAUGGAUGGUUCAAUUUUUCCUGUUACCAUCCCCCAAAUGUACACCGACGGAAUUUUGUUGAGCAUCUGGUCCAGGAGGUGUCCCGUGGGGUAGGGGUUAGGAAUAGACAUGUUCACAGGCGAGGGGCUUUGGGACUCGUAGAAAAAUGCAAAACAUGGGCACACUUGCACUCAAAUUGUUUCUUCUUCCAUAUUUAAACAUUCCUGUGGAUCAGAGAUUGCGUUGGAAACUGGAUUUAACACUGUACUAACAUCGCCUUUAAUAUAGCCUUAGUGAACACGUUCAUCUGUUAGUGAAUGCCUUUCAAAUGUCGACAUUCGUGAAAUUUUGAUAACGUGUUCGUGUCCAAUAUUGCCCAUAGGAGGGGAAUUGGCUUUUCUUUAUUUUCCCAGGGUUUAGGAAUAAAGUAUACACAAAUCCCGGGGGGGGGGGUAACAGGAAGAAUCGAACCAUGCAUCAUGCAGACAAUUCUCUGCUGCGUACGCCUUUCUAAACGGGCACCUCCUUAAUAUCAACGCCUUUCUAAUAAUGCGGACACCUUUCCAAUGUAUCGCCGUCCACAUUAAUCCGUUUUCGUUUGAAAACGUAUACUUUUGCCUUUUCGCCGAUCUUCCACACUAAUACGAUGGAAAACGGAUGCCUUCAUCAAUGAAAACGGAGCUUUUCGAAAACGGCUUUAAAAGUAGGUGAAGACAACGCGGGCGUAUACAUUGGAUUAGUGUGGACGGGCGAAAACGAAGGUUUUGAAAAACGCGGACGGCAUGAACACAAUCAUUCGUAGUGAGUGUGUUGUUUUUCCGAAUUUCAAAUGAAUUGCUUGUCUUGCACUGGAUAUAAUGAUGAUUAAUCUUCAAGCACAACUUGCAAAGACAAUGAAAUGCUCUACACUAUGUCCUAGGUAAUCAUUUAAUUUAUUUCUGAGAUUGUAAAGCCACUAUAGAAGCUCUAUUAUCGGCGACGUUUUUAGGUCCAACCUCGGUAAAUUUGUCUCUUUCUCCGUAAAAAUGUUCCUGGCCUUCUUGUAGAUUUUUGCAUGAAUAACGGUAAAAUGAAUGAAAAUCGAAAAUAAUAAAAAAUUAUCGUUUUCUAACUGCUAGUGUGGUAAAAAACGAUCCAAAACCGCUACUGUGGACGCAGAUAUUUGUAUGUGUUUUCGAAAUAUCAAAAACGAAGGGAUUCGAAAACGGAUUAGUCUAAUAGUGUGGACGUAGCCUACCUUCCCAAUACGGAUACCUCUCUAAUAUGAAUACCUCCAUAAUAGAGAUACCUCGCUCAUACAGACACCUCUCUGAUAGUGUUAAUGUGUAUUCUUUGCAAGGUACAGUAUGUAGUUUCACUAUAGUUGGCCGUAUACAUGUAUAUAAUAAUUAUGCUUUAUUCUUAUUCAGAAAUUGAACGCCUUCUGAGAGAUGGAAUGAUUUAUGUGGAGUUCAAGUAUGCCUGGCACUCGCUUUUACCAAGAUGGUAUUGGUUUCACAAAGAUGUGCUACAAACGGUAGAAGACUGUUUAAAACAUGGAGCAAACCCAAGCAACAGAGGAGGUGCGGGGGUAACUGCCCUAAUGCUAACGUGUAAGAAACUAAAUGAUCUUUUUGAGGAUUCACCUGCGGCGGAACAGGUGAUGUCGUUACUGUUGGAUCACGGAGCUGAAGUGAAUCAACAGGAUUUUUAUGGACGUACUGCGCUUCAUUAUGCAUUUGAAUCAGGAGAUGACACUGAAGGACUUGCUGGAAAACAACGUGCUAUUGAAAUCCUUAUUCAGCACAAUGCAGACAUUUAUCUAAAAGAUUCGUCUGGGCUUUCCGCCUUUGAUAUGGCUAAGCGUGAGGGACACGAAUCUUGGUUAAGAACCGAUGAAGCAUCAUUGACAGUCCGAACAUGCUCAAAGAAAGGAAAAACAUACUGUUCCAUAAGUUAA